AUGAAAAUAACAAAAAAGGAAACAUAUGAUAAAAACAAACCAUGCAUCAAUGAAAAAUUAAUUAAUGAAUAUUAUGACAUAAUUCCACACAUGGAAAAUGAAAUUGAAAAUUUAUUAAAAAAAUUUAAUGUUAAAAAAUAUGAUCAUAAAAUAACAACUUUAUUAAUCGAUAUAAUACAAAAUGAAACUCUUAAAAUUUUAUUAAGUUCUAAAAAAAUCCAAAAAAGAGCAAAGAAAACUGAUAAACUUGAUUUUGAUCAAAAAAACGAAGACAAUAAUAAUAUCCUUAAUCAGGCCUCUAAUACCACUUCUCAAGAAAUUGAAAAAAAAGAAACAAUUGAUAAUUCACUUACUCAUCCAAAUGAUGAACCAAAUUAUAUUUCCAAAACUAAUUCUUUUGAUCAAAAAAAUGAAGGACCUCAAAAUUCUCUAAAUAUUGACAAUGUUAUACAAUCUGAAAAUUUAGAAAGCAUUUCCAAAAAUACACAAUCGAUCAGUGAAGAAAAUGGCGGAAAUAUGGAAAACGCCAAAAAUGACCAAAGUAAGGAAAAUGAAAUGGAGAAAAACUCUGAAGAGGUCCAGCCCAAGGAAGAGGAAAAAAACGGCAGUUUAUUUAAAAAACUUUCUAGUUUUUUUUCAAAAAAAAAUAACGAAGAAGAAAAAAAAGACCUUUCUAAAGAUACAAAAUUAAACAAUAAUAAUAAUAGCAUACAAAAUGAAAAAGAAAGCCUAGUAAAUGAUACGACACAAUUAAAUGAUUCAAAAAGUUCCGAAAAAAAUGAUGAGCAAUUUAGCAUAUUAGCCAAUAAUGACAAACCUGGUGAAAUCCAAGAAAUGGAAACAGCAAAAGAUAACUCAAACAAUAAUAAAAGUAAUCCUAAUGAUAUUAAUAAUAAUUAUAACAACAAUAAAAUAGAAAAUACUGAAAAUAUAAAUGAAAAAAAUAAUCCAUCUGAAGAAAAAUUAGAUAAAAUCAAUAUCAAUUAUGAUGGAACAGAACAUGUCAAUAAAAGUGAUGAAAAUAAAAAAAGUAACAAAAAUGGAAAUAACAAUGCUAGCGAUCAAGAAGGAACAGAAGAAGAUUCUCUCAUAAUUGAUGAAGAAAGUGUAAAUCAGGCAAUAAGAGAAUAUGCACUAAAAUAUAUUUACAGAAAAAAAAAUGUAGACUUUGUAUAUGAUGAUCCAACAUAUGAACAAAAAGAUAUAAAUAAUGUAUUUGUUGAUAGAAACAUAAAAUAUCCAAUGGGGUUCCCUCCACAUCUUCCUGAUGAUUGUUCUAUUAAUACUAUACUUCCCUCUUGGAAUAUUCAAUAUAAUUUUACAAAAAAAAAUAAAAGCAAUCAAUAUAGACAAUAA